AUGGCAGACGAAACCCCCAGGGACAACAGUCCAAAAACUGAACCCACCCAUGUGGAGACCAGCGAAGAUGCCGAGACAAGAGCUGCUCGUCGAGAGCUUAAGCAAUCAUCUAUUUCCGACUCGGACAAGGCCUCUGAAGCCGUAAAUGGGGACGAUAAGGCUGAGGACCCCUCAACGCCCACCCCCGAUACAUCCAUAGUACAGAACGACGAGGAAAAAGUUCUCUCGCCCAAGAAGAAACGCUCACACGAUCAGUUGGGCGAGGAUAAGGACACAGAUGACAAUGACGCCACCAGCACGACGUCGACAGACUCAGCUAAGGACCGAGCCUCGAGGUUAGAACCAGAGAAGAAGAGACAUCGUGAAGGCGAGGCUGGCAAUGUCCCAUCGGAUCAAACCACAUCCGCCGCCGAUUCGAAGCAGAUACCAUCUGGCAGCUCUCCUACGAAAAAAGAGGUACAAACAUCAGCUAGCGCAUUUGCUGCCUCAGGAUUUGGACAACUAUCCUCGGCAUCUUCGCCUUUUGCAGCAUUGGGAAGUACCAAAGGAAGCGGUUUCGGAGCGGCAGCUGGCCCGCCACUAUCUUCCUUCGCCUCCCCAGCACCAGCACCUGCUGCUUCGUCACCCGAGGCACCUAAGUUGACUUUUGGUGGCGCGAGCAGCAGUGCUUCGCCUUUUGGUGGUUUGGCUGCAAAGACGUCCAAUGGUUUUGGAAGUGCUUUCGGUAGUGGGAGUGGCGCUUUUGGCUCUGCCUUGUCUGGCAUUAAGCCGCUGGGCAGCUUUGCCGCUCCCGGUAGCCAGCCUCUUGCGAAGGGCAAGCCAGCGAAGCCAUUUGGUGCGCCGGAUAGUGAUGCGGAAGAAGAUGGUUCGGACGAGGAGGCGGAGGGCGAUAGCCAGCCUGAUGAGGGACGAGCCGCAUCCCCAGAGAAGGAAUCGGAGGAAAAGAAGAAACUCAAGCUUCAGAAAGUCGAGGUCAACGAUGGCGAAUCUGGCGAGGCAACAAUCGUUUCUGUAAGAGCCAAGGUAUUCUACCAUGACAAGGAAGUAGGAUGGAAAGAGCGGGGAGCUGGUAUGCUCAAGAUAAACGUCCCCGAGGCUUGCGUUGAAUUUGAUGACGCCGGCGUACCAGUUCCCGGGUCGUUUGAUGCUUCGGGCUUCGAACUGGACGAGGACGAAGGGGAUAAGGCAGGCAAGGGUCACAAGGUAGCGCGUCUUAUCUUGCGCCAAGAUCAGACGCACCGUGUGAUUCUGAAUACUGCUAUAUUGCCCACAAUGAAAUUCCAGGAAAGAGCCUCGUUGAAGUCUGUCGGCAUUAUAUUUACAGCAUUUGAGGGCGAUGAUGCUAAGCCCGUGAGCAUCACGGUUAAGAUGACGGCGGCAAAUGCGAAGAUUUUUAUGAACGAGCUUGGUAUUGUCCAGAAAGAGCUCCAGAGCAGCUAG